AUGUCACCUGAGCCGGAGAAGCCCAAGAAGGCCCCGAGAAAACACGUCACGACGGCUUGUGUGCCGUGUCGUGAAAGCAAGAUCAGGGUAUGUAUCCUGCCUCUCCCCCACGCCCAGAGAUCGGCGGGAGCAUCUAAUUCGGCCCGGUCUACCUUCAGUGUGACGGAUCGACCCCCCAUUGUCAAAAUUGUCAGCGGAAGGCCGGCUAAUGCCAGUUUCAGGGUAUCGCUUCGAGCAGCAACAGAGCUGUUCUCGGCACGUAUCGAUCAGCUUAUCCAGUUUAUCCAUUGUCAAGGAUUGGAGCCCCCACCGAUGAAGCCCGAUGAUGAGGCGGGGAUGAAUCGGGUGCUAGAUACCCUCCAGAUUCCUCGUGGAUUUGCCAGAAAUACAAGCCCCUUGGAUGAGAACCAGAAGCAGAAAGUAGGCAUCAUGAACACCGGAGCGGUAGUUACACCUCCUGUUCAGAGCCCGCCCACAAUUACCCCCCCGGCUCAGUCGCAGCAGACAGCCGAGACACCGACACGUCCAGAAGUCUCACCUUCUCACAGCAUGAUUCCCAACCAGCAAUUACCCUCGGCCGUGGAACCUUGGAAUCCAUUUGGGAUGGUGCGGGGUGUUCCCGAAAACCAGAACUUUGUACACUGGGGGUUUACUCUUCCCACCGCGGAAAGCCUUGAUAACCUCUACGCCAAUAUCAAUGGUGGGCCCGGACUGCCACUGAACACGGGAUUGAGCCCAGAUAGCUUCCAGCUUGGGAUGGAUAUGGCGCAGCAGCCCGGUGUGCUGCUCAGUCAAAUUUCCAAUAACCAGGACCACGAAUCUGAGUCCGGCGAGGAAAACGAAGCUGAGAGUGAUGUCAUUGAGCAGCUGUCUCACAGAAUUGGAACCCUGAAGAUUGCUGGAGAUGGCCAUUUGCGAUUCUAUGGUGCCACAUCAAAUUUGAACCUAGUCGAUGUGUCAGCAACACAGCAACGACAGCGUCCAGAUGCACGCACUGUGCGCCAUGAUGGACAGGAUAUCCUGAAUCAUCUCCGUGUCGGUCAAGCUGUGGACCAGGCUCUGGAGGACCACCUCGUGGAGCUCUACUUUACGUGGCAAAACCCCAGCAUUUAUGUUGUGGACAAAGACAUGUAUAUGACUGCCCGUGCUAAAUGGCGGAACGAGUUCGAUGAUACUCCCUUCUACUCCGAGGUUCUCACCAAUGCCAUGUGCGCGAUUGGAAGUGCUUUCGAGGCCCGAUAUCAUCCAACGUUCAUAACCUUUCCCAAAUCGCUUGCCGAAUUCUUUGCAGAUCGAGCCAAAGCGCUACUGGAGAUUGAGCUAGAUUCCCCGUGCGUGGCAACAGUCCAGGCACUUGUACUUAUGAGCUGCCACGAGGGUGCUUCGAACCGUGACGCUCGGGGUUGGCUAUAUAGUGGGAUGUCCAUGCGGCUUGCUUUCGACCUGGGUCUGCAUUUGGACAUGACGUCGUAUGUCAAGCAGGGUGAUAUUAGCUCACAUGAAGCGGAUGUUCGACGGGCGGCGUUCUGGGGUAGCUAUGUUGCAGACCAUUUCUGGGGCUUCUAUCUGGGCCGUCCGUUCCGCAUGAAUGCUGGAGAUGUCAGUGUUCCUAAACCCGCUUCCACGCUCGGGGUGGAGAAAGAAGGGAUUUGGCAUCCGUAUGGACUCCAGUCCGCCCCGAAGCUGUUGGAGAGUGGACUCAAGAAUCCUACUGAACUCAUUUGUCGACAAUUCGUUGUUUUAUGGGAGAUGAUUUCUCCCGUGGGCCACAUAUUGUACGGCUGUUCUGAUAUUUCUCGACAUGACUUGCAAAGACUGUGCUUCCAGGUGACCGAAGACCUAUUCGCCUGGAAAGCGAACUUGCCUUCAGCGCUGGAAAUCGACUUGAACGAUGACACGACGCCACGACUACCACAUUUACUCAUUCUGCACAUGCAAUAUCAUCAGAUUAUCAUUUUCUUCCACCGACCAUGGGUGUCCAAGAGCUAUAUCCAACCACGCAGUCCUCGUCAAGGACCUGGAUAUCUCCACGCACGACGGAUGUGCGUCGAGUCUGCAACUGCGGUUGCACGUCUCCUGUGUAUAUAUGAGAAACACUUCACUUUCCGUCGCAUGAACAAUCAGGUUGUCGCGAUCAUCUUCAGCGCGGCACUCAUGCUACUCUUUGUUACAGUCUCCAGUUCUCCACUGAUGCCGACUAAAGCUGGUGAGAGCAUCGCCACGCAUCCACGUAAUGCUGAGAUGGUCGCAUAUUUGAAUCUUUGCUUCCGCGCACUUGAUGAACUUGGCCAGUCCUUUGAAAACGCUAAGCGCACACGCGACUACCUUGUGACCCUACAGCGACGCUGGCAAGCACAUAUGCGGCGCGCCGGGCCGGGCGCUAAACGGCAAAUUAGUAGCGCGAACCUGUCGACUCUUUCCUCGCAGCAACCCGCUACAUCCUUGCAGGCAAACCGUACUACCCAGGGACCCGAUGCUUCUCGGAAGAAGUCUCGCCUCGUCGAGCCUGGUACAAUAUCCUCUCGUCCACGGCACAACUCUUCGAACUCAGUUGAUACUCAGCUCCCUUCCAACCAUGCCCAAUCCUACCAAGGCUCUACACCUAUUCAACCUCAACUUUCACACAGGAAGCCCUCACAGUCAUAUCAGCUUCAGCCCCAGUCCUUUCCCAAUCAACCUGGCGAUCUUAACUGGAUCCGCGACUCAGACCUGAAUCUCCUUUCGAACGGCCACGUCAACGGAAGUGGGGAUAAUCCCUUAAAUUCACUUCCAGUAUCACAUUUCAGCAAUGAUACAAAUAUGUUGCCAGAUUUGGGAGAUAUCGAAGGGUGGUGGAGUCCAACUGGGAAUUCAUGA